CUCCCCAGGAUCCCCAAGCCUAGUUCAAGCGGGAGAGGAAAAGGGUCCCGGCUCGCGGCGCAGGCGCAGGCGCAGUAGCGGUCAGGACCCCCUCCGAGAGCAGAGUGCACGCCGCUUGAAGACUGAGAAUGGUGCUGGAGAGUGUAGCCCGCAUCGUGAAGGUGCAGCUCCCCGCCUACCUCAAGCGGCUCCCAGUCCCGGAGAGCAUUACCGGCUUCGCCCGGCUUACAGUUUCAGAAUGGCUUCGUUUAUUACCGUUCUUGGGUGUACUUGCACUGCUGGGCUACCUUGCAGUUCGUCCAUUCCUCCCCAAGAAGAAACAACAGAAAGAUAGCUUAAUUAAUCUCAAGAUUCAGAAGGAAAAUCCAAAAGUAGUAAAUGAAAUAAACAUUGAAGAUUUGUGUCUUACUAAAGCUGCUUACUGCAGGUGUUGGCGUUCUAAGACGUUUCCUGCCUGUGAUGGAUCACAUAAUAAACACAAUGAAUUAACAGGAGAUAAUGUGGGUCCACUAAUACUGAAGAAGAAAGAAGUGUAGGAGUGUUAGACUAAUUACAUUAAUUUCUGUGGUAUAAAAUCAUAUUACAUUGUAUUUUUCAAUUAUUUGCAUCUACAAAUGCCUUUGAAUGGCGUAGAUCGUAUCUUUAGUUGUCUUAAUUAAUGUUGUUGAUUUGAUCAUUAUUUCUGCCAUUUAGUUUUCUUACUACACUACUGUUUUGUAUUUGAUACUUUGUAUAUCCAGAAGAAUCAUAUUUAUGUAGAACUUAAAAACUGAACAAGCCUUUCUGUUAUGAAAUAAUAGGUUCCUUUGUGUUUCAGAAAUAAAAUCAUACUCUGAUCUUGAUUUUUAAUUGUUAGAUUUAGUCUAAAAUUUCUGUAAUAAUCCUAAAACCAUUUAUGAAUUGUACACACUAACCAUGUUUUCAAGAUCUACAGAACUCCUUUUAUUUUCUGCAGUGUAAGAACACAUAUUUUUCAAAUACUUAUGUACUUAAAAUUAUUUUUUCUUCAGCCUCAUUAUUUUUACAUGAAUAAGAAAAUACGUUGUAGCCCAGCAUGUAUCAAUUCAAUGCUGCUGUGACAGCAAUGUGUUAGGUAACUGGGAUGAAAGUAGGUUUCUGGUGCAAUAUGGGUCUCAAUUUGAGAAAACUAGAUGGGCAGGAUUUUUAAAAAUCCAAAUAACUUUAAGGGGUAGUUAUUUGCAUUACAAAGAGGAUCCUUUGGUUUACAAAAGGAUUCCUCCAAAGGGGAGUCUUUGAAUAAAAAUUUGUCUGACAAUAACAUGAAUUCCUGAAGCUAGGCUAUGGGGCAGAGUGCCAUUAUUAAGACCCAAUGCUUUGAUAAGCAUCAGGGAAGAACAUUGGGUUUGGGGUUUUUGGUUUUGGUUUUUUUUUUUUUUUUGGUUUAGACCUGUGAUUUUGUGGGUAAACAUAAAAAAAAAUCUAAAAUUAUAAUGUAAGACCAUAGAAAAAUGAUUCACUUCUAAAGAUGAUAAAGAUAAAAACGUUUUUUAAAUAAAUAGUUUAUUGGGGAAAUUAUAAAAA